AUGGGCAAUGCAACGGUAUACCCUAGAAACAGUGUACCUCAAAUGACGUAUAUGCAACAACAACAUCCACUACAACAACAACAACAACAACAACCACCACCACCACCAAGUGGUUUGUAUUAUAACAAUGCAAACUACAAUUACCCACCACACACAACACAAGAGUCAUAUGUGCCUCCACCAUACCCUGAACACGAGCAUGGACAAGGACAAAGACAAAGACCAGCUGAAGUAGAAUCACAAGGGGUACAGUCACCACUAGUGCUGCGGGGAAGAGGUGGAUACAUACCCCAAAAUAAUGAUGACUUGGGGUAUGCGCCACCCCCACUGACAGUGAGUGAUCAGAAACAUGUAUAUGUUGCACCAGAAGGACCACCUCCACCUGCCCACACUAGAUAA